GCUCGCGUUUUGAAAACGGCAGUUCUCGAUCUGCUUUCUUUCGAAGGCACAUCUGACAUCAGCACACUUCCCAUCCCUGAUCUUAUUGAUCUCAUGUCUGACCGCGAUGAGGCCGUUCUGGCGCGUGCUGUACAACGUGUUUACCUCCUUUCCAAGGAGGACCGUACUAUCGCCUCGUAUCCAACUUUGAUUGAUGCUUUGAUCAAGGCCAGCAAGAGCGACAAUGUCAAUGUAAAGCGCGAUGCAAUUGGAGCGUUAAGCCAUAUAUCUGAACAUCCUCAGGGAAGAAUGCAGAUAUUCCGAUCUGGGGGUUUAGCUGAAUUGAUCAGGAUGCUCUAUUGUCCUACGAUUGUGCAAUACGCUGUUACUACGCUUCGUAAUCUUCUGAUGCAUGUGGAUACUGUCAAGGCACAGGCACGGGUGCUUGGAGCUAUAGAAGCAUUGGCGCCACUACUUCUCAGAAAUAAUUGGAAAUUCUUGGCAUUGGUUGCUGAUAGCCUCUACUUCCUCUUGCUUGAUGAUCCUCAGUCGAAAAUCGUUUUCUUAUCACUCGGUGGACCGCAAACAUUGGUUCACAUCCUCAAUAAUUACUCGCAAUAUCCUAAGCUGAUGUAUACCGUGAUUCGCUGUGUGAGGUCGCUAUCAGUCUGCCAGCAGAACAAGGCAGCGCUCAUCAGUCUAGGUUGUCUUUUGGUGUUAGCUGUAUGGUAA